GCUAAGCAUCUCAAGAAUCUCCUCAUUGGGCAUAACGAGCGUAAGGCGCUCGCAGUACGCAACGGCGUGGUUCAGCCGCUCGCCGACAUCAUCGCCUCGGGAUCGAAGGGAAAGCGAAGACUGGAGCUGAAUGGCGUGUCUCUGCAUGCCCAUGAAGACCACGCCACGGCAGAGGAGGAUGUGAAACUGCAGGCCAUCCUUAUUAUUGAAAGUCUGGCUUCCGGAGGUCAAUCCCAGCCUCUCUGUGCUGCCAAUGUCCCGAAGUUACUGGUUGAGAUAUUGUCAGGAGAGCCGGGAGGACGUAUAGUGACUGCAACCCUCCAGGCGCUGAAGGCACUGGCCACCUUUUGGUCGGCUACAGACGCGUUUUGCACGCCCGACUAUGAUUUCUGGCAGUCGUUAUUCAAUGUGGAAAGCCUCGAGGUGUUCCAAGCACUUCUGCGCUCGGCGUCCAAUACGCAUACAUCGCAGCAGCAGCUGAAGUUGGUGGCGGAGAUUUUAGCUGAAUUACCCGAGUACAAUUGCGGUGGUCCAAAGUCUCUAAUUACAAACUGCGGGCUGCUUGACACACUUGCAUCCCUGCUGGUAGCCCAUGCUGUUGAGCAUAAGAUCGUAUGGUAUCGUGGUAACAGCUCGCAUCUCCCGCCUGCUCCAUCAGAGGCAUGGCUCCCGAGCAUUCUGGCAGCGAUUGCGUCUAUAAUCACUGGCUCCAACUAUCGAACUCAUCGCUUUGUCCUCUCACCUGCCGUCCGCGACCUCUUCCUCAACUCUGGCCCAGACAGCACUGAUCAGCGGACUAUGCUAAGCGCCAGGAAUGGAUUUGCCAGUCCUUACGAAAGUAAACUGCCGCCUCUACACAUUCCAGCUUUCAAGACGGUUUCACACAGCCCAGCUUCGAGUGCAUUCCCGGCUUUGAAAACGUUGCAAGGCUCAAAACACGGCAGUGGCAACGGCAAUGCAGAGAUAUCAAAUUUGGUAAGCGACAUUGACCACUCCAAUGCGGUCUGUGGCUGGCUCUUGGUGCUUACGAGGUCUCUACGCGGCUACGACCGUCUCUCUGCCCUGCGACUCCUCGCGCUUACCGAGUUCGGGCAAAAGACCAAAGAGCGGCAUAGGCAGCUCGCUCUGCUGGCCGUGCCUUUGGCGGUGCAGCUCGUGCAGAUAGCCAAUGAUGGCAAAGUCACGGACAAGGCGCUCGACCAUCAGACCCUCAAAGUCAUUAAGGAGCAGGCCUGCAGUGUCCUCGCACUACUGAUUGGAGGUGUAAGAGAGCUGCAGAUUGCGGCUGUCGAGGCCGGAGCUGUCAAGCAUGUCUGCCCAAUUCUCAAGAAGAGCUUUGACAAUGUCACACCAGCGAGGCCCAUGUGGUCAGUAAGCUCCAGUAUGCAGCCAAACGCGAAUGCUUCGAUCUCGUGCCAGCCCGGAAAGAUUACUUUUCCGCCCGAGGUGGGCCAUGCGAUGCGGUGUCGAGAGAGUGCGCUGAGAGGACUUGAAGCCAUUGCUGCAAGAGAAGACAUCCAUCGCAAAGCUAUCAUUGACUCAGGCGUUGUCACGUGCAUUAUCGAUUCUCUCAAGCCGCUACCAGAACAUACACAAUUUGACGCACACGGCAGGAUCAAGCUUACGCCCAAAGAUGGAAACACGACACGGGUGAUACUUGCGGCAUGUCGCGCGGCUCAAUCCAUGUCCAGAAGCGUGAGCGUUCUGCGAACCAGUCUGAUUGAUGGUGGUAUUGCCAAGCCUCUCAUUACACUUCUCAACCACGAAUCUCUCGAAGUGCAGAUUGCUGCUACCGAUGUCUGUUGCAACUUGCUGCCCGACUUUAGCCCUAUGCGGGAGGAUCUGUCUGAAGGAAAUGCGAUACGCACGUUUGCGGAGCAUGCCCGAAGCAGUUCUCCAGCAUUACGGCUUUCGAGUCUGUGGGCACUGAAACACCUAGUAUACAAUUGCCCGAAAGAGACAAAGCUAGCAGCUUUAGAGGAGCUGGGGACCGGGUGGCUAGUUGGCAUAAUUCAGGGCGAGCAGCGAGAAAGUGUGGGUGGUGGAGUCAGCGUUGGGCUUAGCACUCCUAACGCCGCUGGAGAGCAAGUCGAUUUACUGAAUCCCUCUUCUAUGGAUCUUGACGAGCCCAGCAACGAUGCAGAAGAGGCAUCGAGCACACACUACCAGUCGUCGCAACUACGCUCUACUCUUAAUCCUCCGCCUCCUGCAUUUAACAGCAAGCGUUAUCUAUCCAGCAUACGAGAAAUGGAGCAAGGCGGAGAGUAUACAUCACGACGGGAUGAAGCAGCGAUACAGCAGCAAGCCCUGGACUUCCUUCGUAACUUCAUCAACGGCGAGGACUGUACUGCGCUUUCCGACCACCUGAUGAACGAGAUUGGUAGUGCGAAAGUAUAUGAGCUUUUGACCUCAAAACUUUCGCCCGUGACUCGCUCUGGCGGGCGACAAGUCUACAACACUACGGAUCUCGUGCUCAGCACAAUCCACGUCCUCAUACACUUGGCAAACGCCUCUGCGAAACAUCGACAACUACUUGUGGCGCAGAGACCGCUCCUACAAGCCAUGUUGCCCCAUUUCAACCAUGUUGAUCAUCGGAUCAGGGUCAUGAGCGUCUGGGCGGUGAAUUCGCUGACCUUUAUCGAAGAUGGCGAUGACCGUCGCGAUGCACGUCAGAGAUCCCAGGAGCUCAAAUCUGUUGGAAUUGAGCAGGCGGUGCGAAACUUACAGAAUGAUUCCAAUCUUGAUGUACGAGAGCGGGUCAAGACAGCUAUCAGGCAGUUCGAAGCACUUUGAAGGAACAACAUCAAGACAAACGGCUAGGUUAGGUAGAGGGCAGUUUUUUUUGAAAGUCUUUGAAUACCUAGCGCUAUCCCUGGAACACAAACAACACUAUAGACGAGCGUCUUCCGCCUUGGACUCUUGACAGUGAGAGUCUUGGAAGUAGCUAGAAAACACUUUUGAGCAGUAUUUUUGUACGGGGAGUAUGUACAACAAUACAAC